CCUGGGCUGUCCCGUGGGGCUCCCAGCAGGGGGCGCCCCGAGCCCCGUCCUGGGUCCCCGGGCGCGCGUCCAGCCGGCGCCUGGGACGGGGCUGGCCGCUCCGCCCCUCGGCUCCUCCGCGGCGGGGCGGGCCGGCGGGCGGCCCGAGGGCGCCGGAGCGCGAGGAGCAGAGCGGAGCCAGCGCCGCGCACCCCGCACCCCGCCGCGCCCCCUGCCCGCCGCCGCGCAGCCUUCCGCCGGCUGUAUGCUCCAGGCCUCAAUGAGGAGCCCAAACAUGGAGGCCUUCAAGCAGCAGAAGGUGGAGGACUGUUACGACAUCGGAGAGGAGCUGGGGAGCGGCCAGUUUGCCAUUGUGAAGAAGUGCCGGGAGAAGAGCACCGGGCUGGAGUACGCAGCCAAGUUCAUCAAGAAGCGGCAGAGCCGGGCCAGCCGGCGGGGCGUGUGCCGGGAGGACAUCGAGCGGGAGGUGAGCAUCCUGCGGCAGGUGCUGCAUCCCAACAUCAUCACGCUGCACGACGUCUUUGAGAACCGCACCGACGUGGUGCUCAUCCUGGAGCUGGUGUCCGGAGGAGAGCUCUUUGACUUUCUGGCCCAGAAGGAGUCGCUGAGUGAGGAGGAGGCCACCAGCUUCAUUAAGCAGAUCCUGGACGGAGUGAACUACCUUCAUGCCAAGAAAAUUGCUCACUUUGAUCUCAAGCCAGAAAACAUUAUGUUGUUAGACAAGAAUAUUCCCAUUCCACACAUCAAGCUAAUUGACUUUGGCCUUGCUCACGAAAUAGAAGAUGGAGUUGAAUUUAAGAACAUUUUUGGCACGCCAGAAUUUGUUGCUCCAGAGAUUGUGAACUAUGAGCCCUUGGGCCUGGAGGCUGACAUGUGGAGCAUUGGCGUCAUCACCUACAUCCUCCUAAGUGGAGCAUCCCCUUUCCUGGGAGACACGAAGCAGGAGACACUGGCAAACAUCACAGCGGUGAGUUACGACUUUGAUGAGGAAUUCUUCAGUCAAACCAGUGAGCUGGCCAAGGACUUCAUUCGGAAGCUUCUGGUUAAAGAGACACGGAAACGGCUCACAAUCCAAGAGGCUCUCCGACACCCCUGGAUCACGUCCAAAGGAGAAGUCAGAGCCCCAGAACAGCGGAAGACCGAGCCCACCCAGCUGAAGACCAAGCGCCUGAGAGAGUACACCCUCAAAUGCCACUCAAGCAUGCCUCCCAACAACACCUACGUCAACUUUGAGCGCUUUGCUCACGUGAUGGAGGAUGUGGCUUGUGUAGACCAGGGAUGCCACGCCCUGGCAGGGGCCCAUGACACCAUCCAGGAUGAUGUGGAAGCUUUGGUUUCCAUCUUCAAUGAGAAGGAAGCUUGGUACCGAGAGGAGAGUGAGAGUGCCCGGCACGACCUGUCCCAGCUCAGCCGGUGGACAACCAGCAAGCCCUGGUGCGCAGGGAGUCCGUGGUCAACCUGGAGAACUUCAAGAAGCAGUACGUCCGCAGGCGGUGGAAGCUCUCUUUCAGCAUCGUCUCCCUGUGCAACCACCUCACCCGCACCCUGAUGAAGAAGGUGCACCUGAGGCCAGAUGACAGCCUGAGGAAUUGUGAGAGUGACACAGAGGAGGACAUCGCCAAGAGGAAAGCCCUCCUCCCCCGGAGGAGGAGCAGUACCUCCUAACUGACCGGGCUCUCCGUGGCCGCCAGGGAGCCCAGGCCCAGCGGGGCCCCUUCUGCGCAGACUCUUGGUCCCGUUUGUUACCAGCACCCAGGCAUUCUGCAUUUCUGAACGUGUUGCAAGAGAGAUGGGCCUACAGGGUUCAGAGGAGUUUGCAGGGGAUCCAGGAGACCCCGGGAGCUGUGGCUUUUCCCACGGAGGAGGUGCCAGCAUCCCCGAAGCACUUAUUCUCCAUAAAAUGGGCUCGUAUCCAUCUGGCAACCUCAGAAGCUGGGGUGCAGGCAUGGACUUAAGAAAAGGAUGUAAAUGAACAUUGUCAUCAGUGGUGAAGGUCAGAUUCAGGCAGUUUUCCUCACAGGAUGAGGGAGUCCAGAACCAGCCUGGUCAAACAUGACACCAGGAGGACAGAGGCCUCCCCCAUGAGGACAAGCCAAAGUGAAUCUUUGUCAUGAGGGACCAAUCCUGUGACCUCCUGGAACCCACAUGGAGUCAGCACAUCACGUCGACCAAUGUAUCAGACCUUCUAAAGCAGCCCAUUGCCAGCCCACUGUAUUGUAACUUUUUUUUUUUUCAUUUUUAUUAAACUUCUGGUUUAUCUGA